AUGAUUACUUCACAAUUAUUAAGGGGGACUAAUAGUAUAAAGCAAUUAAGGGGAUUUCCAAUUAUCAGGAGAUUUUAUUCUAAUAUGAACAGUUUCAGUAAAACUGGAUCCUCUCAAGAAGAAUUGUCACAUUUUAAGGUACUAUCAACAGAUUGGUGGAAUACAAAUGGGUCACAAAGAAUACUACAUUUAAUGAAUUUAGCGAGACUUGAUUUUAUUCGAGACAAUUUAAAUAAAACGUUAAAGAUUGAACAUCAACAAGAGAAGGAUAUAUUUAUUCCAGGCUACGAUUAUAACCAAUUUUUACCAAAGAAUAUAUCGGAAAUAAUUAAGGAAGAUUUAAACAACGAGCUACAAAAAAUGUUAAAUGAGAAACAAUACUCAGUUUUGGAUAUUGGAUGUGGUGGUGGUAUUUUAUCAGAAUCAUUAGCCAGAUUACCAUUUAUUAAGAAUGUUAUAGGGAUUGAUUUGACACCAGAUUGUGUGGAUGUUGCAAAGGAACAUGCGUCAAAAGACCCAUUACUAAAGGAUAAACUUACUUACAAAUUAUGUGAUUUAACUAAAGUUAAAGAAACCUAUGAUAUCAUCACUUGCUUUGAAAUGUUAGAGCAUGUGAAUGAUCCAUAUGAAAUUUUAAAGCAUGCAUGGAAGAAGUUGAAUUCAAAAGGUAUCUUAUUUUUGAGUACAAUCAAUAGAGAUCUGGUAUCGUGGUUUACUACAAUAUUUGUGGCUGAAUACAUGACUGGAUUAGUUCCAGUAGGCACUCAUACGUGGAGUAAAUUUGUGAAAUCUUCUGAAGUUAUUAAUUGGUUUGAUAAACAUCAAUUUAGGAAAUAUAAAGUCCUCGAUUUGAAAGGAACUAUGUAUGUUCCUUCAAAGGGUUGGGUAAAUCAUGACUGUUCAACUGUCGGGAACUAUUUCAUGGCAAUACAGAAAUUAUAA